UUCAAAUAAACACAGAUGCUGUUGGCUUUCCAGUAGGGGUGUAACGGUUCACAUGGAUGUAUUGAACCGUUUCGGUUUUGCAUGUUCGGUUCGGUCCACUUACGUACCGUUUCGGUUAUAUUUUAUGCAUUUUUUCUCAUUAAAUCUAUUACUAGUGCGAUCUAAGCACCCCAAGCGGAACUAAAGUCUUGGGUGAGUUUCCGCACGGACGCCUCUGAGUGUCGGACACUGGAUGAGGGAGAGGCGCGCCAGUAGCUCGCAGACGUGGCAAAUGGGGUUAUGGCAAAUGCAAGCGAGAAGCCUGAGCUGGAAGACCCUCCCAGCUCAUUACGUUCUCCUGUCUGGGAACACUUUGGCUUCCCCGUUAAAGUUACCGAUGGACAACGGCAAGUGGAUAAAUCCAAAGUUGUUUGUCGACAUUGUUCCACCACGGAGAUCGGGUACGCUGCAGGAAACACGUCUAAUAUGUUAACACACUUAAAACGACACCAUCCAUCUGUGAAUGUUUCCUCUACAAGAAAGAAAACCAGCUUGGUGCAAACAGUAACACCGAUAACUUCAGCUUUUAAACAACAUCUAGCGAGCAACUCUGACCGGGCCAAAGCAAUAACACAUGGUAUUGGAGUCUUCAUAGCUACGGGAUUACGUCAAUAUUCAGUUGUUGAGAACGCUGGCUUUAAGUAUAUGAUUAAAGUUCUUGAGCCUCGCUACGAAAUACCAUCACGUCCUCACUUUAGUCAGCAGGUCCAAGAAGAAGUCAGUAAGUACAGAGCUUCAGGGUGCCUUUCCCUUGAAGCUGAUCCUCUUCUUUGGUGGAAUGGCAAUGAGGCUACAUACCCACACAUAGCAAAACUCGCAAAGCGUUACCUCUGUAUUCCAGCUACCUCUGUUGCUAGUGAACGGGUCUUCUCCACUGCUGGAGAUAUUGUCACUGCAACCAGAUCUGUGCUUUCUGCAGAAAAUGUGGAUAAAUUAAUCUUUCUAGCCAAAAACUUUAAGCUUGAAUAGUUUUAUUUGUCAUAUUCAGGCUGUUGCGGCUACAUGUUCAAAGUUUACAUUUGUUACUUGUUUAUUUAAAUUGUUACAAUAGUUUUAAA